AAUACAGUAUGUUAUUUUUGUCAGAUUUUGUAGGUUAGAAGGCGGUACCGUUUGUUUACCCCGUGCCCAUAGCCACCGAUAUACAAACAGGCAAACAGCAUUUCAACUGCCGCGAUCUGCAAUCUUGGCGAGACAAACACAAUUAAAAACCGAUUAAUUAAAUUAUUAUUCUGCGCAAUCGUAAUCGUUGUCUAGAAGAACCGAUCAUCAGGCUCUGUUUUCAACCAGAAUGGUUCCAAAAAGAAAAGCUACUGACAUUGGGUGGGAGCACGGUACAGCUCUUGAAGGAGAUAAAAGAAAAGUGAAAUGCAAUUAUUGUGCUAAGAUUGUAAGUGGCGGAAUUACAAGGUUAAAACAGCAUGUUGCGGGUAUAUCUGGAAAUGUUGAACCAUGUCCAUCUGCACCCAAAGAAGUGUCAGAUAUGAUUCGGCAGACUUUUAAGGAAUUUCCUCUACAUAGGUCUGUCACAGUGAAGAAGAAAAAUAUGCGUUUACAAAGUUCAUGUGACGACGGUGAAUCUAGCCAUGGACAUAAAGUUGGUGUAAAUGUCGAAAGUGAGGAUGGCGUUGGAGUCCAGAGUGAGGAUGACAUGACUUCCAAUGAGAAGAUUCCGCAACUGCUAGUAGUCAAAUGCAGCACUGAAACAGUAAGUGAUGAAGAACAGCAGCAUCAACAACAUUCCAUUUCAGAUACAGUAACAGACUCCUCUGGAAGAUCAAAUCUUGGCGGAACGAAAAUACAAAUAACCAGCUGUAGUGGACAGGAAGGUGGUCAAAGUCCAUCAAAAAUAGAUUCUUCUGUAGUCCAAAGCAACAGUUCAGGACAUAUGGAGGUGAAAGGUCCAUUAUCUGUAUGUCAUGUACCUGCUACUCUGAAUAACAGUACGAAGGUUAAGAUAUCAUAUAAGGGGAUACCAGGUUCAUACAGUGAGGAUGCGGUUCUCCUAGCAUAUCCGCGGUGCGAAACCGUUCCCAGUGACAAAUUUGAAGACGCAUUUAAGGCCGUUGAAUUGUGGAUGGCGGAUAAAGCAUUUAUCCCAAUAGAGAAUUCUACAAGUGGAAGCAUCCAUGGAAACUAUGAUUUACUAUUUCGUCACAAGCUACACAUUGUCGGCGAGGUUCAGGUGCCAAUAAAUCUCUGCCUUCUAGCACUACCGGGUGUCAGAACAGAGCAAUUAAAACGUGUUCUUAGCCAACAUCAGGCGCUCACCCAAAGCGAUACUUUCCUUAGUAAAUUAGGUGUUGUGAAAGAAAUUGUGGAUGAUGAAGCUGUUUCUGCUCAGCUUGUUGGCUCAAAUAAAUUGGAAGAUGUGGGCAUUAUUGCGAGUUCUCGAGUGGCAAAAAUGUAUGGCCUUGAUUUACUCACUGAAAAUAUACAGGAUGCAGUUGACAAUAUUACUCGUUUCUGGGUACUUUCAAGGGAUCCAUUAGUUCCGAGAACUGAAAAACACUUUAAGACAAGCAUUGUAUUCACUUUAGAAGAAGGCCCUGGAGAAUUAUAUAAAGCCCUGACGGUUUUUGCAAUGAGACAAAUUGAAUUGACUAAGAUUGAUUGUCGGCCCCAAAGGAAGAAACCAAUGAAGGUGGUCAAUAACAUCGAUUCAGGGACUGCCAAGUACUUCAAUUAUCUUUAUUACAUUGAUUUUGAGGCUUCUAUGGCAGAAUCACGUGCACAAUGUGCUUUGGGUCAUUUGAAGGAAUUUGCUUCAUCUCUCCGGGUGCUUGGUUCCUAUCCAUGGGCAGAUGUAAGCAAGGGCCAACAGUUGCCUAGCUGGUGUUUCGAAAAUUCCAAACAGUAAUGGUGAUCCUCUCUCAAAGUAUAUGAUCACUUAGGGUAAUUCACAUCUAAAUUAGACUCCAGUUUGGACUUCGGAAACAGUAGAUUACUAUAUAGUAUGUAGUGUAUUGUGUAUAUCUUACAUUGCCAUCAUAAAUGUAGUUUGUACAUUAUAAAACUAUACUCUAAUGUUAAACUGGGUGAGAUCCAAACGAAGAAGCUGCGCAUAUCUCGGAACAAUAAUAUCGACACAGUCUUCCUGAUUUUUUCAGUUA